AUGAAUGAUAUACUUGGUCAGCAAAAUGCAUCUUGUGGUGUGGGAGUUGCUGAUGAGAGCAAGAACACAUUCAUGGAGCUCAAGAGGAAGAAGGGCUAUCGUUACGUGAUUUUCAAGAUCGAGGAGAAGAAAAAGGAGGUUGUCGUUGACAAGACCGGCGGCCCUGCUCAAGACUACCAAGAUUUUGCAGAGUCCUUGCCUCAGAAGGACUGUCGAUAUGCGGUGUAUGAUUUCGAUUUUGUCACUACAGACAAGUGUCGAAAGAGCAAAAUAUUGUUCAUUGUGAGAGAUAUAGUUGUACUAUAUCUUAUUCAGAAUCAGUAUCAGUAUCAAACAUGA